AUGGGCAAGAACGACAAGAAGCCUGCAGACAAGAAGGACGCCGGUAAGUCCGCCGGUGGCAAGAAGGGCGGUAAGGGCGAGGGCGAUGACAAGGGCGGCAAGGCGGCCAAGGGCGCUCAGUCCAUCAACGUCCGGCACAUCCUGUGCGAGAAGCAUGCGAAGAAGGAGGAGGCCCUGGCCAAGCUGAGAGACGGAACCAAAUUCGAUGAGGUUGCGAGAGAGUUCUCCGAGGACAAAGCGAGGCAAGGCGGCUCCCUUGGCUGGAAGACGAAGGGCAGCCUAGACCCCAAGUUCGAGGAUGUUGCCUUUGCCCUGAGCACGAGCACGACUGCGAGUCCGGUUUACGGCGAGGCCAAGACUGAGUUUGGUUACCACAUCAUCAUGGUGAGUGUCGGCGACAACCGCCGUGGGCCCCACAACGCACACUAA